UGAUGUAGAACAAAAUGUCCACGUUUCGCCAAGUAAUGUUUACCACAGACCUUAUUUGACUUAAUUUUUAAGUUAUUUUCCACACCGUUGAUAAAGUACCGGACAAAUUUAUCACGUGGUACCUGUUACUUUUCACAGCGCUGACUAGGCUGGACCAAUCAUAGUCAUUUAUGAUUAAGGGGGUUCAUUGAAAUCACUUUUAAGCGAUUGGUGGGUCGGAUUUCCAUUUGUAUGUCAGGAACAGCUUGCAGUGAUCGCAAAGAAGCGAAGGCGGAAGUCAGGUAUGUCUGGACAUGUGAAAUUGACGAUUUAAAUACAUUUCCCCUUUGAUUCAAGUUUUUCUGUAAUGAAAUAUGGAAAGCAAACUGUCAGAAUUCAGAGCCCGAAAGAAAGUCCAGACUGAAGCGAAGAAACCUGCAGAUUCAGAGAUCCAGAGCGAGAUGAAAGUCACAGGCGAUCAUUCACCAGCUGUGUCUGAUGACACACCAGAGCUGAAGCCCAUCAUCACCUGCCCUCAAAGACCACACACAGAGGUUGGCAGUGCUAAAGAUGGCUUGCUGGACACGACUUCUGGUCAUUGGUUUCAGCGGUUGGCUCUUACCCAUCUUACCUUGUUUAAAGUGCUGCUAUGGCUGGUACUGCUGGGUCUUUUCUCAGAACUUGAGUUCGGCCUGCCAUUUUUCCUCAUAUCUUUAUUCUACUGGCUCUAUGAGGGUCUUCGAAGCCCAAAGGCACGUCAACCUGGUGAAAUGAGUGCUUAUUCUGUGUUUAACCCUGACUGUCAGCCUAUCCUGGGAACUUUGACAGCCGAACAGCUGGAGGGUGAGAUGGGAUACAGGUCGAUUGCCAACAGAUAACUGAUAACAGAACAUGUAGUGUAUGGAAGGAAGGGCCGAAACCAACAUAGACAUUGAGGGGGACACUCAAUGGUUGGUUCUUAAAUUAUUAUAUUUGGUCCCCACAAUCAUAUGUGGUUACAUUCUUGAUAGCAGGCAUUAACAAUUUGCAACCAACCGUCUCUGAUUUAUGAAUUCAUAUUAUCCUUUGAGAAAUGGUCAAUAAGGAAAACAGUCUAAAUAUGGACUUCACUUGGGCAACCGAUUUGCAUUAUGUUAAUGUAUCUUAAUAUUUCAAUGAUUUAUGAUUUACUGGUAUUUCUACAUUUCAAUAAAAUGGUUUGAUUUUAUUAAAGUGAAAUAUAUGGAAAUCAGUAUGAUUGCAAGUAAAAAAUGUGUUUUUAAAGUUUUUUUUUAUUAAUAAUAAUUUUACAGACAAAUAUAGAUGUAUUAAUUUUAAUAAUAAAAAAAUAAAAUAUACAUUUUUUUUUCAUUUAGAUGCUAUCGGGUGGAUGGCAAAUGUAUGCAGGUUGACAUAUCGAGACCCACAUUUUAACUCAUUUAUUUUUAAUUGCUAAACAAGUUUUCAUUUCAAGUACAAAAACAUUCCCAAUUGCAUAUGAGUGAAGAUGUAUUUCAUGCUCUUAAUUUGCGACUAAACAUGUUCAAUAAAGUAUGAGAAAAUUGCUAAAA